AUGGCGGAGAGAGGACACAUGGACAAAGGCAAAGGAACCAAAGACAAAGGCAAAAAAAAGGUUUUUCCGAACUGGGCUGUGAGAAAGCCAAGAUCUGUGCCAAAACCGACCAACUUAGCCAGCACUUCAGUCAUCGAUAUAUCCUCCGAUUCCGAUGAUUCAGCUUCUGUUGAAGAAAUAAGCCCACCUCGAUGUGCUCCUCCUCAUCCUCCUCGUACUAAAAAGAAAGAGCAACAUGAAGCUGAAAUCCCCCCAGAUGCCAAAUUACUUCUAGACUGCGAAGCAGCAGAUAUUCUGCAAGAGAUUCAUGAAAAGUUGGCCAAACUCGAGGAUCUCAUAAUGCCCGUUGCUUUUGACAAAGCGCUGCUGCAGACAAAAGAUGGCAUUCGUUAUAGUAAUACGAAAGAUGUCAGAGAAACUGUGGAAACUCUGAAGGAAUAUGGUGUCACAGAUUGGGAGAUCUGUAUGAUAGCGAAUGCUGGUCCGAAGACUUGUGAGGAAGCUUAUGCAAUGAUACCUUCUUUGAGGGAUAAAGAAGAUGGCAUUAGUGGUCCUCUUAAUGCUGUUCUGGCCAAGCUUGCAUUUCUCAAGCUUAAGGAUGUGGAUCGAGUUUAG